ACCGGAAACGGACAUAGAAACUGUCAUUUUAGAAUGGAGGUGGUAUUUAGCGUUUCAUAGUUCGUGGUACUUUGCUCUUUAAUUAAUUGUGAUAUGUGAAGUUGACUGGAAGACAAUAAACCAAAAAUCUGGUUAAGGAAUUUAAACAUGGAAAAGGAAAAGAUACGUCGGCGACCAUCUCCUUCCCCAGAGAUACCUGUGACCAAAAUCAAGAUUAAACAGGAGAAAUUGAGUCCAGUGAGGCCAAAAAAGCCUCGGCGCUCGAGUUCAGUUUCAGACCGUGGCAGCGAAAGUCCACCACCGCGGAGAAGGCGACACAGUAGAUCACCAGCUAGAAGGAGAGACAGGUCCCCUAGGAGGAGUAGUAGGUCACCUAGAAACAGGCGAAGCCGGAGCCCACGAUUUACAGAUACCAAAAUAAAGCCGGAACGUGAAGAACAUCCCCGAAUCAAGAAUGAAUGGAGGCACAGAGACCGCUCAGAUGCAUCGAAUGACAGGAGAAUCAAAGAGGAAUCUAAAACGUGGCACAGGGGGAGGGAAGAUGCAUCUGAUGAAAGAAGGAGGAACAGAGAUGCCCAUAUUUUUCAGCAGCAGCAAAAAGAGAGAGAAAGGAACAAUGAAAGAAGAAGAGAAAAGCGCAACAGAGAAGAAGAUAAUCUAGAAAAUGUUGAAUUUGGUGAUGACGGAGAGAAAGAUGAAAAUUCUACCAAUAAAGAACUACCAAAUUUUGAGCUCUCUGGAGCUUUGGUAGAAGAUACCAAUACAUACCGAGGAGUGGUAAUCAAAUAUAAUGAACCUCCAGAAGCCCGUAUUCCAAAGCGAAGAUGGAGACUCUACCCCUUUAAAAAUGAUGAACCUCUUCCAGUGAUGUACAUUCAUCGCCAAAGUGCAUACCUUUUUGGAAGACAAAGACGAAUUGCUGAUAUACCCAUUGAUCACCCAUCCUGCUCUAAGCAGCAUGCAGUUUUUCAGUACAGGUUGGUUGAGUUCACACGCUCUGAUGGCACAGUUGGCAGAAGAGUAAAACCUUACAUCAUUGAUUUAGGAUCUGGCAAUGGCACAUUUCUUAACAACCAGCGUAUUGAUCCUCAACGAUACUAUGAAAUGAAAGAAAAAGAUGUGUUGAAAUUUGGGUUCAGUAGCAGAGAAUAUGUUUUGUUACAUGAAGCUUCAGACACAUCAGAAGUGGACAAAAAGGAAGAUGAUGAUUAUGAGGACGACGAAUAAACUGUAGGCUUGAGACUAGCAGUGGAAUAUAAUGGGGGAAAAAAAAAGUCAAGAAUUGCGAGACGAACACUGAUCCCGGGUCUCAGGUUAUCUGUUUUAUCAUGCUUUUGACAGCAAUUGUGAAACGGUGUUUCUUAAAAGAAAAAGGAAAAAAAAAAAACUUUUGCCAAACAUAUUUUAUUUGGGUAUACAAGCCUUGACCACAAGCAUUGGAGUGUUUCACAUUGUUUUUGCAAAUCAACAGGAGACUCAUUUAUAUUCAGAGAAUUUCAAAAUGCAUUUGAAAACAAGGCAUUUCUCAUCAAUUGUGAUGUAUCCAUUGUAGUUUUUGUUUGGCAUUUAGCAUCAUCUACCAAACAAGCCUAAAGUAAGCAUUUGCAAAUAUUUAUUUCUUGGGAGGCUGUUGAUUUUUCUUUAUAUAUUGAAUUGACUUAUUUUCUUUUUUUUUCUGCCUGUUUAGAAUUUUUGACAGGCUUUAAAGACUAUUUCCAUAUUCCCUGAACAUUUUAUAUCGAAACAAUUUAAAGAAUAUUUUGCAUUUUUUAUGUUUUAUAUAGUAUUGUAUAUAAAAGAGGGCAUUUCAUUUUUUCAGGUGGUUUAACAUGUAACAAAGUAAAAUGUUUAGCUUAUUUGAAAACAAAAAAUAAAUUGCUUUAGACGUAAAA